AGAAGGAGAACUUGAAAGGAAGAAAUGAAGCUGACUAGUGAGCCUCUCCCCCAGGAAAGUGGCUCCGAGACCGUCCUCCGAACCAUUUCAAAGAUCCACAGUGUUGAAUCAGAAGCAAUCAAAUGGGUAACUUGCCCACAGAGUUACAGCCAUACCUUUCUGGUUGCAAGGGCUGAAGAGCUUGUGGACAAGAAGAUUAAUGCUGGAGAACCUCUGGCAUACUUUCUAAAAGGGCAGCUGUAUUUUGAAGAGGGAUGGUAUGAAGAUGCACUACUGCAGUUUGAACAAAGCAAAGACACAGAUUUUCAGUCCAUGUAUCAGUUAGGUGUGAUGUAUUAUGAUGGAUUGGGGACCCCACCAGAUCCUAAGAAAGGAGUGGAAUACAUGAAGAAGAUUAUCAGCUCUGAUUCUCCCAAGGCAAGACAUUUAAAGUUUGCCGCAGCAUACAACCUUGGCAGAGCUUACUGGGAAGGAUGCGGGGCUGAGAUUUUGGAAAAAGAGGCUGAAAGAUUAUGGCAGAUUGCUGCAGACCACGGAAACCCAAAAGCAAGUGUAAAGGCUCAGAGUGCCCUCGGAAUGCUGUAUUCAGCAACACAUCCCAAGGAUCUGAAAAAGGCAUUCUUUUGGCAUUCGGAAGCAUGUGGGAAUGGAAGCCUGGAAUCCCAGGGCAUCCUUGGACUCAUGUAUCUUUAUGGACAUGGUGUGCGUAAAAAUUUGAAGGCUGCUUUGGAGUGUCUGAAUCAAGCAUCAGAUCGUGGGAAUGUCUACGCUAAAGGUCAUCUUGUAGAGUAUUAUUACAGAAGAAAAUUUUUUACAAAAGCUGCUGAGUUUGCCAAGAGGGUUACAGAGAAUGACAAUGUUGAAGAAAUAGCAAAGGCCAUAGACUGCGCGCCUUUUUACAUUGCCAAAGGGCUUGCCAUGGCUUCCUUCUACUUGGCCAGGUGCUUUCAACUUGGCCUAGGAACAAAACCAGAUGAAGCAUUAGCUAAAAAAUACUAUUCUAAGGCAUGCAAUCUGGAUCCUGCUGUUGCUGCUGAUCUUGAGCUGACAGCGAAUCAUGGAAGAAUUUAG